UGGGGUUUGAUAAAGGGGCGUAGCUCAGAAGGAAUGGUGGGUAGGCCCUGGAUUGAGGGGUGGAAGGAAACUCAUUGAGGCUGGUUGGGGAAACGGAGCCCAGGAAGCAGGAGGGAGGAGUUUAGAGUAGAAGGGGUGGAGUUUGUCUGGGGUAUGGCUUAGAGAAGUAGGUAGGCCUAGCGAGGGGGGCGGAGUUUAAGGGUGUAAUUUGGAGGGGUUUAAUGCAACUGUCAGGUCCUUAUAAUGAAUGUGGAAAGGAUUUGCAGGGGAUGGGAAGAGACUUCGUAGAGAAGGCCUGAGAAGGUGACAGGAGUCCAGUGGACAGUCUUAGAAAGGAUGUAGCUUCUUUAAAGGAAAAAUUGGGUGGAGUUUUGGAAGUGGGUCUUAGUGGAGCCGAGAGGGGCUUAGUGAAGUCAAGUAACUUAGCAAGCAUGGUAGGACUUAAGGAGGAAACCAGGAAGAACUUACAGGAUGAUAGUCAUCCAAACAGCUUACUUGUGGCGUCUUUGCUGUGCACCAGCUUAAGUAGGCAGGAAACAUUUAUUGCCACUACUUUACUUAAUUCUCGCCACCAGUCUAUGAGAGAGAGCCCCCACACACCACUGUAUUCCCCGCCACCAUGGAUGACGUCCCGGCCCCAACCCCUGCACCAGCACCGCCUGCCGCUGCCGCCCCCCGGGUCCCAUUUCACUGCAGUGAAUGUGGCAAGAGCUUUCGCUACCGCUCAGACCUGCGGCGCCACUUUGCCCGACACACAGCGCUCAAGCCCCACGCGUGUCCGCGCUGCGGCAAGGGCUUCAAGCACAGCUUCAACCUAGCCAACCACCUGCGCUCGCAUACUGGGGAGCGGCCCUAUCGCUGCUCCGCCUGCCCCAAGGGGUUCCGCGACUCCACCGGCCUGCUGCACCACCAGGUCGUCCACACUGGUGAGAAACCCUACUGCUGCCUGGUCUGCGAGCUCCGCUUCUCCUCACGCUCCAGCCUGGGCCGCCACCUCAAGCGCCAGCACCGCGGGGUUCUCCCCUCUCCCCUGCAGCCCGGCCCUGGCCUGCCUGCCUUGAGUGCGCCCUGCUCCGUCUGCUGCAAUGUGGGGCCCUGCUCGGUGUGCGGGGGUGCGGGGACCAGCGGUGGAGAGGGCCCCGAGGGGGCAGGCGCGGGUCUGGGCAGCUGGGGGCUGGCAGAGGCAGCAGCUGCAGCCGCGGCUUCCUUACCCCCAUUUGCGUGCGGCGCCUGCGCGCGGCGCUUCGACCACGGCCGGGAGCUAGCGGCCCACUGGGCGGCGCACACCGACGUGAAGCCCUUCAAGUGCCCGCGCUGCGAGCGCGACUUCAACGCGCCCGCGCUGCUGGAGCGGCACAAGCUGACGCACGAUCUGCAGGGCCCGGGCGCGCCCCCAGCGCAGGGCUGGGCCGCGGGGGCAGGUGCAGGGCCUGAGACGGCGAGCAAAAGCGCCGCAGCGGAGGCGGGCGACGCUCCUCCGACUUCGGACGGCAGGCUGCUCCUGGGCCCCGCCGGGGGCGGCGUGCCCAAGCUCGGGGGGCUGCUCCCUGAGGGCGGUGGGGAGGCGCCUGCACCUGCGGCGGCCGCCGAGCCCUCGGAAGACACCCUGUACCAGUGCGACUGCGGGACCUUCUUCGCGUCGGCCGCGGCCCUGGCCAGCCACCUGGAGGCCCACUCGGGCCCGGCCACCUACGGCUGCGGCCACUGCGGGGCUCUGUACGCGGCGCUGGCCGCCUUGGAGGAGCACCGGCGGGUCAGCCACGGCGAGGGCGGCGCGGAGGAGGCGGCGGGCGCGGCCCGGGAAGGGGAGCCGGCGUCCGGGGAGCCCCCAUCUGGCUCUGGCCGCGGCAAGAAGAUCUUCGGCUGCUCCGAGUGCGAGAAGCUGUUCCGCUCGCCGCGAGACCUGGAACGGCACGUGCUGGUGCACACUGGCGAGAAGCCGUUUCCGUGCUUGGAGUGCGGCAAGUUCUUCCGCCACGAGUGCUACCUCAAGCGCCACCGGCUGCUGCAUGGCACCGAGCGGCCCUUUCCCUGCCACAUCUGCGGCAAGGGCUUCAUCACGCUCAGCAACCUCUCCAGGCACCUGAAGCUGCACCGGGGCAUGGACUGACUGCCAGGCCAUGCCCUGUCCUCCACCCAGCCACCUGGACUCGGCCUGGACCAGGGGACCUCAGUACUGCGAGUGAGGCCCCGGCCCUCCAAAUCCAAAUCCAGACACAGGCCCUGAAAUGAGGGGACCCUGACUGGAGAAGUCGAGGCCACCAGAAACCCACACAGGCCCUGGAGCUGGGGGACCACAAACAGGGUCCUUAGCUGGGGCAGGGGAGCCCAAAUCUAUGGAGAGACUCCUGAGCCUGAGGUCCCUGAAAUGAGUGUGGGUAGCCCUAAGUCCCCAACACAUGGGAACUUUGCAGUGAGCAAUGGGUCUCCACAAGUACCUCUCAUCUUGAGGGCCCUAAUAAUAAAAGGUGGGCACCUGCCCCACCAAGGGAAGACUGCCCCAUUCCCUGAGAGCCAUCAUUCCCAACGACCUUGAUCUGGAGAAUGUGGAGGGAACAUGUCCCUGAAUUUUCCUAGAUCUCCUCCAAAUGCUACCCACCAGAGUCACUGAUGACCCCAGAAAAUGGAUAUAGCCGAAAUCUGCCUUUCCCCGUUUUCAUUCCCUGUACUGAAAGAGGGACCAGGGUAGAUGCCCCCUGCCCUCUAAUCCCCCCUCCCUGACUGUGGAAUGGAUCAACCUUAACGAUCUUCCCCACCCCAAACACUAGAAUAGACUGGCCUGAAAUACCCUUGCCCAGUAGGAUGGACUGAUCUAUAUGCACACACCCCCAUCACAUGGAAUGGGCUGGUCUAGGCUGUGGCCUGCACCCCACCUUCCUUAGAGUGAAUAGGGCAGAUACUCCUCCCUUUUCCUGUAGCGUGUGGACCGGUCCACGCCAUUCUUUGUCCUGUGAACUCAUCUGAGUGGGAAGUGGCGGACACUGGGGUUUCCCUCCCUCUCUCCAUGGCACCCAUUGGUCUUUCCAUCUCUGUUGGUUUGUCUGUCUCUGUCUUCCUCCCGACCCCAGGGGGAAGGGGGCACUUGGCUAGGGGGUGCCCCUGUGAGCCUAGACCUCGUCCCCUCGUCCCUCUCCCCAGUGUUUCCAGGACCCCCAAUAAACCUUGUCCUGUCAGUCGCUGA